AUGAACUUUGCUCUCGGCUUCAAGCCUCCAUCAGCAGGCAGCUCGGGGCCCGGUGCUGGAAGAGGAGCCACCAUGGAGAACCUUGAGAAGCAGCUAAUCUGCCCGGUCUGCCUCGAAAUCUUCUCCAAACCCGUGGUCAUCCUGCCCUGCCAGCACAAUCUCUGCCGCAAGUGUGCCAACGACAUCUUCCAGUCAGCUAACCCUCAGUGGCAGUCCCGCGGCUCCUCCAGCAUCACUGCGAGUGGCGGUCGCUUUCGCUGUCCGUCUUGCCGCCACGAGGUGGUGCUCGACCGCCAUGGAGUCUACGGUCUGCAGAGGAACCUGCUGGUGGAGAACAUCUUAGACCUGUACAGACAGCAUGAAUCAACCAGGCUUGUAGACAUGAAGCCCGAGCCGCAGCAGCAGCAGCAUCUGAUGUGUGACGACCACGACGAAGAAAAGAUCAACAUCUACUGCCUGUCCUGUCAGACGCCGACCUGCUCCAUGUGCAAAGUGUUCGGCAAACACAAAGACUGUGAUGUGGCUCCACUGAGCAGCGUCUACAUCAGACAGAAGACUGAGCUGAGCGACGGCAUCGCAACCUUGGUUGCCACUAACGACCACAUCCAGGCGGUGAUCUCUCAGAUGGAGGAAAGCUGCCGCUCUAUCGAGGAGAACGGCAAACGAACCGGAGAAAAGCUGGCCGACAGUUUCGACAUUCUGGUGGCCAUCUUGGAGGAGCGUAAACAGGAGCUGGUGGGGCUCAUCGCCAAACAACAGGACGACAAACUCAAACACGUCCGCUGUCUCAUACGUCAGCACCACGACGACCUGGAGGGCGCCGUGACGCUGGUGGAGUCGGCCAUUCAGCUGAUGGAGGAGCCUCACAUGCCGCUGUUUAUUCAGAAUGCCAAAGUCAUUCUGGAGAAAAUGACAGAGACAGCCCGAGCCUCUGACAUUGAGCGUCCUGAGCUUGGCUUUGAGAGCAUGAGCCACUUCUCUAUCGACACCGACGACCUCGCCGUCAUGCUGAUGAACAUUGACUUCUCCUCCGGUGUAGGAGAUGAUGAAGAAGAGGAUCUUGAAGAAGGGGAAGAGGAGUCAGAACUUGACUUGAGAUAUUAA